CAUCGAACAUCAAUAUCAACAUCGACACAGUAUCCUCUUGCAUUGCCAAAACACAAGUUCGUAGUACAAGGCAUCAAGGUCGUACAAACGAGCUGUUUAGCUUGCCUUGAUUCCUCCAGAUCGCAACCAUGCCUCUCACCGAGAUCGACAGCCUCUCCAUCGUAGCUAUAAUCGACAACGAGCUCGACCCCAUUUCACCCUGCCAAAACUCUCUCGUCACGCAAACGGGUGGAAUCAGAGAGCUCGGCGUCUUCUCUCCUCACGAUGCACCAGAUCGAGGAGAAGGAGCCAAGGAAUUCCGCAUGAGUUCGAUCUGCUGUGGCGCGCACGGGCUGUCUCUCAUGAUUACCGCAACUAAAGGCGACAAAUCCCACACGCUCCUCUUCGACACCGGUCCUGAGGAAUCGGCCUGGGAACGCAAUGCGAAGCGUCUCCGAUGCGAUCUUUCCACUAUCGAGCUAGUCCAUCUCUCUCAUUGGCAUCGCGAUCACUCCGGCGGCAUGCUUCGCGCCAUCCAGAUGAUCAAUGAAGCGAAGACCGCAUCCAAAGCUGCCCCCUCUCCUUCAUCCGCGUCUCCUUUGGUCGUAGACCUCCACCCAGCACGCCCGGACUACCGCGGCUUCAUGGGCCCCGAAGCCGCCGUGUCCUUCGAAGCAGACCCCACGUUCACCGAGAUUGAAGAUAUCGGCGCAAAGGUUAGCAAGAGCGACCAAGCGCACACCGUUCUUGAUGACUUCUUCCAGAUCUCGGGCGAGAUACCCCGCGUCACGCCGUACGAGCUAGGCCUGCGACGAGGGAUCCGGUUUGUGUCUGAGAAGAAGGCGUGGGAGAGCGAUGAGUUGAUUGCGGAUGAGAGGCUUGUUAUGGUGAAUUUGAAAGGCAAAGGCAUCGUCGUUUUCACAGGCUGUAGCCACGCUGGUGCCAUAAACGCCUCCAAGCACGCCGUCGCGCUCGGUAAUGGUGCACCGCUCUAUGCUGUCGUAGGCGGGUAUCACCUCGCAGACGCAGAGCCAGCCCAGAUUCAGGCAACGGUGGAUGCUUUCGCCGCACUGGAUGCGAAGAUUCUCAUCCCGGGACAUUGCUCUGGAUGGCGUGUGAAGCAAGAGAUCGAGCGGAAGAUGCCCGGCGUGCUCGUCCCUGGGUUUGUGGGCUGCAAGUAUGUGCUUUGAAAGAAGGGAUACCAAAAUUAGGUGUAUACGGCGUUAGUGAGGUACUUUCUCAGUGUCUGGGUUCGGCUCAUCCUUCUGAAGUCUACUUCAGCCGGUCUUGUGCCCAUUCGUUUACGUGUAGUAUAGAGACCCACCUCUAUUCCGAUGAGGUGGCGAAAUCUCCUCUCAAAGAUUCCACGGACUGUUUUCCUUGACUAGACACAUCUUUUUAAUAGUUUCUGAUCGUCGAUACGACGUGUAGAUGCUGAGACAUCUGCGAGAAAGAGAUUAUGGUCUUGAAAAUCCUCACCCUAUCCGACCCCAUGAGCGAGGCAAUGACUU